CUCCCACCAGUCCACAUAAAAAGAAGACGGCUGCUUUCUCUGACACAUUGGAAACAAACACCCUCAAGGCAACAACACAAACCAGCAUGCGAGGCCACGCCAUCUUUCUCCUCAGCGGGCUGCUCAUCCUCACCAGCUUCAUGGCCGGCACGCAUUCGGCCAGUUGCUGUUUGAAGUACAUCAGGCGGGAGUUGCCAUGCCAACGGGUGUCAGGCUACACAUACCAGUCCAUGGGAAAGUCCUGCGACAUCAACGCUGUCAUCCUUCACCUCCCCGGAAGGUUUUUGUGCGCCAAUCCCGUCGCGAGCUGGACCCAACGAGUGAUGCGCUGCAUCGAUGAGCGCAGGAGAAACACAAAGGCCCUUGAGGAAUCCGCCAACACCACCACAGCGGCAUGAAGUUGGACUUGUUCCUUUGGUUGGAGAUUCAAUUGGACUUUUGAUGUGAAGACAUAUGUAAGCUCUGUUUUGUAAACAGCCAAGAGUAGCUAUCCGAAGGUUCUCACAGCUUUUCGUUUGAGAAUUGUCCUAUUUGCUUUUCAAAUGUCUUUGGCGUUGUGUUGUUUUGGUUGUCUGCUUAUUUAUUAAAAGAGACUUUUUUUGUA